CCCCUACUAUUUGGGAACCUUCUCUUACUCUGAAAUGCAUUACGCCAAAUUUUCAGUCAGUGGAACAACACUGAUUUACAUCAGCUGAGGAUCAGUUCUGCUCUGUGCAGAAAGGCCCUCUUUACAGCUAUGCUACAUUGGUAUCAUUGCUAUUCUCUUAAUACCGACUUCUUAUUGCACGGUUACAGCCAUUUGGAUUGUCCACUGGCAGCCUAGUGAUAUGAGCUGCUGUUACAUUACUCUGAACUGCCAGCAAUCCAGUAAGGUGGUAGCCUAGGCAAAAUGGGCACAUGAAAGAAAAAGUUCACGCUUAUCUUCUUCUGUACAUUCCAUGUUUGUGGAUGAGCUCCUUGCGCAGGCAGUUUCAUGAAUUAUGCUAUGUGAGAUUUGAUGAUGAAGAGGAGGAAAGCAUGAAGACAACAGAGAGCUUCAGUGUGUGUGCAGCCUCCAGAAGCCAGAUCUCCAUUAUGGGAGAUCUUCAGAGAGUUCUUAGCAAAGGAGAAUAUGCCCCCUUCACAUCCGCUCCCAUGUUUGAGAGCAACUUUGUCCAGGUUAAUAGGAGAGGUGAACCAAUUUAUGUUCAUAACCGCCCCAACUGUGUGACUGUAGGUAUCUGUGCAUCCAGCCCCAGCCUAUCACUGCCCAAUGUGAUGCUGCUAGCACACACAGUGCCUACAUCUUCCCAGGAAGCUGUGUCAAAGCCCUGGAAGGCCUCAAAGCAGCCAUCUUCCAUGGAGCAGCUAGUACUCAGCAGGUUCUUCCCCUUGAAGUUUGUGGAGAUCACCGUUCACAAUGCUGAGAAGCGUCGCCUCAAGCUGAAGCUGGCAAGUGGCCGCUCCUUCUACCUGGAGCUCUGUGCCCCACCAGGCAAGCAGUGCCUCCUCUUCCGUCAAUGGUUGCGGCUCAUUUCUCUCUUGAAACUUCCCCAAGACCAGUACAACAAUACACAAGUCAAUGUAGUGUAUGAGAAUUUUAAUGGGCAGCAAGCUGAGAGAAUGGAAGGCACAAGGAACCAGUCAGACAGCAGAGACACCCAGCUAGAGACUCUGAAUUCUAUUGAUAUCUCAGAAUCAGAGAAGGAGGAAGUUGCUAAGCGAGCAUCCUCCAAGCGAGUCACCAUCUCUGGCAUAGUGGGUCCUACUGAAGAGUGUGGCAGCAGCAAGAGAGGACUGGCAGUUGCCUCACGCAGCUCCAUAAUAAAAGAGACCAAAAGAGAUCCCAGCGUGCAGUCAGAGAAACAACAAAGAAAAGAUCACUUGAAGGUAAAGAAGAGCAAGAGCACAGAGAGGAAGAAAUCCAGGGAAAAUGUAGCAGAGUAUAAAACAGAAAACAAUUUGCAGGCUUCAGUAAUUUACAGUUUUUCAGCUUUCUCUCUAAUUAACAUUUCCUUUUCCCCUUUCCCUCUCUAAGUCUUUUAUCCUUCCAUAUUUUCUCUUCCCUUCCAUAUUCUUUGAAUUCCCCUUCAUGUUUCCUCCUCCAAAUGUUUUUUUCCUUCUCUGUGUUGCCCCCUCUGCCAUUUUCCCUUCUUCUUUUCUUCCUUCCUUGCUCCGCUCUCAUUUCAUUUGUUCUGUGAUUCUUCCAUCUCUCCUUCCUAAGGCCACUCUCAGGCAGAGGAAGUGUCUCCUCAUCCUGAGCCAGCUGUGGCCUGCAAAUUGUGCACAUUUCUCAAUUAUUGGUCAGUUUUUAGCAGGAACAGACAUGAACUUCAAACCCUGCCUAACAACUGAAAAAUGUGACAGCACCCUGCAGGUGGUGUCAACUAGUGUCAGGUAUGCACAGACUUUUUACAUCUCUCAGCUGUUCCACGGAGAAUGAACCUCACUUACUUCUGGUGUGAAGUUAACAGCUGAGAAGUGGCUUGUGGGAGAAAGUGAGGGGUAAUAGGUGUAGGGACACCCUACUAUGGAACACAAAGCAGUGAUUCUGGUAAACUUAGUGCUGUGACCUCUUAAGAGGUGGUGACGAAAAGAGAAAUGUCAUAGCCUUGAAUUGUGUGUGUGUAUCUUUAUGUGUGUUCUCUCUUUCUCUCUCUCUUUUGAUUCCCUGCUUUCCUGGCUUUAUUUUCCUCGUGCUCAUG